ACCCGUACUACAAAGAAACUGUUUGGCUCUAAACACUGUGUGAAAACUUUCUCAGGGAAGACUGCCGUCACUGCACAUCCGCAAUCUCAAAUGGGAGUGAAGCAUUAUAAAUGUAAGCAAAUUAAGAAAACUUUCUCAGAGAAGUCAGCUGUUAGUGUUCCUCAGAGAAGGGAUCCAAAGGAGAAACGCUGUGAAUGUCUAGAGUGUAGGAAAACUUUCUCCUGUAAACCAGCCCUCAGUAAACAUCAGAAGACUCACACAGGAGAGAAACCAGAUGAAUGUCGACAUUGUAGAAAGUCUUCAUACUACAAGCCUGACCUUGGUAACCAUGAGAAGGCCGAUGCAGGAAAGAAAGCCUAUGAAUAUGAAAUGUGUACAAAAACUUUUUACAGAAAAUCAGCCCUCACUUACCGUCACCAGUCAAACUUGGCAGAGAAACCAUAUGAAUAUCAAGGCCGUACCAAUUUGUAUUCUUGGAAGCUAUCCAAUAUUGUACAUCAGAGAAAUCACACUGAAGGGAAAUGUCACACUGGAUCGAAGCCCUAUGAGUGUCAAGAGUGUGGGAAAAGUUUUUCCAGUAAGUUCUACCUCACUGGACAUAGAAGAACUCACACUGGAGAGAAGCCUUAUGAGUGUCAAGAGUGUGGGAAAACUUUUUCCUUAAAGUCAAACCUCAAUAAACACCAGAAAUGUCACACUGGAGAGAAGCCCUAUGAAUGUCAAGAGUGUGGGAAAACUUUUUCCAGCAAGUCACGUCUCACUGGACAUCAGAGAAUUCACACUCGAGAGAAGCCUUUUGAAUGUCAAGAAUGUGGGAAAACCUUUUGCACUAAAUUUGUCCUCACUGGACAUCAGAGAUGUCACACUGGAGAGAAGCCCUAUGAAUGUCUAGAUUGUGGGAAAUGUUUUUCCUUAAAGUCAAAUCUCAAUAAACAUCAGAAAUGGCACACUGGAGAGAAGCCUUAUGAAUGUCAAGAGUGUGGGAAAACUUUUUACACUAAGUCACGUCUCACUGGACAUCAGAGAAUUCACACCGGAGAGAAACCCUAUGGAUGCCAGGUGUGUAGUAAGGCUUUCCGCAGUAGCUCAGGCCUUCUUAGUCAUAAGGUGAUUCACACAGAAGUGAAACCCUAUGCAUGUCAAGAGUGUGGGAAAACUUUUUCCACUAAAUCACGUCUCACUGCACAUCAGAGAAUUCACACUGUAGAGAAGCCCUAUGAAUGUCAGGAGUGUAAGAAGACUUUCCGUAGCAGGUCAAGCCUUUAUCGUCACAAGAAGACUCACAGAGGAGUGAAGCCCUAUGAAUGUCAGCAGUGUGGAAAAAUGUUUUCCAGUAAGUCAGACUUAACUAGACAUCAGAGAUGUCACACUGGAGAGAAACCAUAUGAAUGUGAAGAGUGUAGGAAAACUUUCUCCAGGAAAUCAAAUCUUACCCAACAUCAGAGGAGUCACACAGGAGAGAAACCCUAUGAAUGUCAGGAAUGUGGGAAAAAUUUUUCCUGUAAGUCAAACCUCACAGUACAUCAGAGAUGUCACAGUAGAAAGAAACCUCAUGAAUGUAAAGAGUGUGGAAAAACUUUUUCAAAGAAGUCUGAACUCAGUGGCCAUCAGAGAAGUCACACUGGAGAGAAGCCCCAUGAAUGUGAACAAUGUAGGAAGGAUUUAUGCUGGAAGUUGUGUUUUGCCCGACAUCAGAGGAGUUGUACAGGAGAGAAGUUCAAUGAAUGUCAGUAGUGCAGAAAGACGUUCUCCAAUAAGUGAGCCUUGAGUAACCAUCACAUAAUGUGCCCUGGAGGAAAUCCUAUGAAAGAAAAGACUAGUAAAAUCAGGCCUUGCUGUUCAUUCUAGGUGAUACUCUGCACAGAAAUUCUGUGAAUGUCAAGAUUAUAGGUAAGCGCUCUCCUACAAAUCAGGCCUCAUUGGACAAUAGAGAAUUGUCACAUGAGAGAAACCCCGUGAAUGUCAAGAGUGGAGGCAAACACUUAGCUUUUAGGGAAGCUCAUGACCUAUUUUUUCUACCCCCGUCUCUGUUGCAAAAUUGUUGAUGUCUUUUCCAUCAACCUAGUAUCUCAAAAGAUAGUUCUGAGUGCAGAUCAGAGAAUUCACACACAGAUAACUUCUUAUUAGUGUCUAGAGUGGAGGGAAACAUUUUCCUGGAGGAAGCCAUCAGUCUGCCUGUAUAGAUAAUUCACUGGUGAGCUGUCUGUGAGUACCCCAAAUAUAGUAAAGGUUUCUACUGAAAAUCAGGUUGACUGGAUAGCAGAAAACUCGGAGGAGAUAAGCCCUUUGCUUAUCAGUACUGCAGGGUCACUUUCUGCCAGAGGAGCUCUUGCUGCAUGGGCCGUCACACAGAGAGACACCCUAUGGGGUAACCUGUGUAGGAAACACGGAAGUCACCCUGCAGGGAUCCUAGAGAUUAUGCGGAGCAGGGGAGCACUGUCUGGUAGAGACUUUGCCUGUAUUUACACAGCAUUUUUAUUCUGGCGGGC